AUGCCCGCACGCCCUCCGUCGCCAUUUGGCAAAGGCACCCCUCCCGUGCGCCCAGAAGUGCAGGGGAGCGUGCAGGCAGAGGGCAGGGACUGCAGGCAGCUCUUCUGGUCGGAGCCGGGCCAUGCGCAUAUUGCGUCGGCACGCGCGAGCGCAGCAGCAUCGUACCCUCCCCAGACGUCCAACGUCUUGAAACAUUCCAGGCAGGUUUCAAACCCUACAACUCUGAACUUCUCAGGGCUGCAUGAGCGAGCCUCGGGCCACUUGGCUACGUGCUGCUGGCACGGUGGCGGAUCAAAGCAGCGGAUGUUUGAGCCCUGGGGAGCUUAG